AUGACUGAAUGUGAAAAGGACGACUGGUUGAAAGAUGCUAACUUUCGGAAGCUGUACAGCGACAAAGGGAGGCUGAUAUUUCAAGAUGACAUAGUGUGGCACAGAAUGAAUGCGAUGGUAAAUCUUUGGAGAAUAAGGUCUGUAUUACCACCCAAAUUGCAAAACUUAUUAUUACGAGCAUGCCAUGAUCAGUUCGGACAUCAAAGGAGAAACAGAACGUUCUACUUGAUAAAAUUUCGCGGAUAUUGGCCAGGGAUGAGGGCAACCGUAGAAAAUUAUGUGGGACAAUGCGAGAGAUAUCAAAAGGCAGUUACCGUAGGAAAAAUAAUAAAGGAGCAAAUAUUUGAUAAGUUUGGGGCACCUGAGAGAUUGCUUUCAGAUCAAGGCAAAAAUUUGCUUAGCUCGCUUAUCAAACAGUUGUGCAACGGUUAUGGGGUAGACAAAGCAAGAACAAGUGCAUAUCACCCGCAAGGAAACGGAUGUUGUGAAAUAUUUAACCGGACGUUGCACGGGCUUUUAGUAACCUUAGACGACAUAGCGAGAAAGAAAUGGCAGGAACAUGUGUCCGAGGUAGUUGCUCAAUACAAUUCUACGCCGCCUGCAACGACAGGCUACUCUCCCUUUCACCUCUUGUUUGGAAGGGAAGCAAAAUUGCCACGAGACCCAAUUGUAAUUAAUGGCCAGGAGGAAACUCCCGAUGAAUGGGUAAGCGAACUGAGUGAGAGAAAUGCAAAUGACCAUUUGGGAGUUAGCGAAAAAGGUGGAAAAUAA